AUGGCAUGGAAAUUGUCCAAGUUUGAGACGCAGGAAGGAUCUCCUAGUGAGCCGCUCCUGCUUGAGAAUGAAAUUAUACAGUCCUCUCCGAAACGGAACAGUGUGAGGAAUAGGGCCCAUAUAGCCCUGUUGGUGGCAGUGAGCAUUGUUUCCUUCACUAUAGGAUACUGGAUACAUGCAGCACCGCAUUGGCAAACCCGGGACGCAUGUCGACAUCGUCGCCCCUCUGAUAUAGAAUGGACAUCUAAGCCUGCUGUAAUCCCUUGGUCCUCCUUGCGGUUGAAUGGAACACUGUACGCACAGAAUAAGUUUCGAGGAGAGCCCAGUGCACAGUUGGAUAGCGAAUGGGAUCGGUUCACAACAAAUGGUGAGCCCCUCAAGAACGGCGUGAGAAGCGUUAAGAAGCCUCCGCUAGUGACAGAGUGA